UCUACUGAUCAGUCCAUUACAUCUUCCAUCCUUCUGAAGCUAUCAGUGUUGAGCGUCAACAUGAGAGCUAUUAUAUUGCUGUGUCUGCUGCAUGCAGCUUUUGGUCAGCCACACUAUGACUGGAAUGGACCUGGCCAUGGAGAUCGGGUAACAGACCCCAACGCUAACAGUGCAUGUCAAACGGACCAGGGCUCUUGUGGCUGCUGUCUGAUGCUGCGAUCGAUGAACAGCCUGAGGUCAUACUUUAACACGAGCCUGAAUGAGUUGGAGAAGGUGCACUCACAAACAGAGCAAAGUCUGAAUAAUAUCAAAGCCAGCCGCACUGCCUUCUCUGUCUCUCUAUACAGUGAUGAUCGUUUUAAGUGUUUUGGCAACUUCGCUGGCAACAGACCUGUCAUCUACUCACAUGUCUUCAUCAACCUGGGUGCUGCUUACAAUACAAACACUGGUAUCUUCACUGUUCCCCGCUCUGGUGUCUACAGCCUCGCCGUCACCUUGUACAGUGACGCUGGGGCUCCUGGUAACACCUUGGCCAUCUGCGCUGCUCUGCAGGUUAACGGCAAUGUGGUGGCUGCAUCAAGAGACCAAAAUAAGAAUGACCAAGAGGACAGUAGCUCUAUUCUCGUGGUCCUCCACCUGAAGGCUGGGGACCAGGUGUAUGUCAACCUGUUCAGUGGAUGUUUCCUCUGUGAUGACAACAGCCACUUUAACACUUUCAGUGCCUUUCUGCUAUAUCUUACUGAAUAAUUUAGAAACUACUAACUCUUUCAAGCCCUUCUACCAAGGUUAGAAUCUGUUAGAAGAAAUCUUUAUGUUGUGACUCAUCUCAAUCUGCUCUUUCUGAGGGAAGCUAGGUUUUGAAUCAGUCACAUCUGGAUUCAACCCGUGCAAGUAUCUUUGUUCUGUAACAGAUUAUUUUCCUAUCUUGCUGAAAUGAUGUCAUGUAACGCUUGAGAGAAAUACAUGAAAACAACCAGUCACCUGUAAAAUUACAAGAAAAUAAAUCAGGACUUUAAACAAAGCAGUUGGCAUUAGUUGAUUUUGUUUCAGUUGAAGAGAUGUGUAAUGUCUACAUUUCAGAAAUAUUAUCCCCACUUUGCUGUCUUUUUUUGAUACAGUUUUAACAUUCGGGAUGUUUGACCUAGUUUGGUAUGACAUUUUAAUUUUAGUUCAUAACACAUAUAACAUUUAAAUAAAGCACUUUAUUCCCA